AUGGGUCUUCAUAUUUUUUGGCCAGCUUCAGCUGCACUUGCAUUAUUUGUCAUUGGUGUCAUAAUGAUACUAAUUAAAUAUGGCCCAGAUAUAUGUGGUAAAUAUCAAAAUCGUUUGACUCAAAGAAUGAGCAAUACUGAGGAGCAAGGCUAUGCCAGAGAAGUAUCAGUAUCAACUGCAUAG